AGCACUCACGCCGGGGAGGCCCAGACAGUGGACGGUGCUAGUAGAUGAGGCGGCGGCGGCGGCGGCGGCACGGGCUCUCCAUGAGCAAGCGGCGGCGGCGACCGGUGCGGCGGCACCGACGGUUUUCGGUCCCCGGGGAGGAUGAAGACACUGUUUGAAGAGAUCAAAGCAUCAAUUAAAAAUAACUAUAACCAAGACCGCUCAUUUUGGAGGCCUGUUCUUCCUUGGGGAGGUGUUUUUACUAUCAAAGCUGGCCGCAAAGCAGUAUCCUGUACACCACUAUACGUUGAAAUAAGACUGAAAAAUACCUGCACCAUAGAUGGAUUCUUGAUGUUAUUAUAUGUCAUUCUUAAUGAAAAUGAAAAUUUUCCCAGGGAACUCUCUCUUCAUUUAGGUAGAGAGUUUAUAGACUGUUUCCUUUAUUUAAUGGACACCUACAGUUUCACAACUGUGAAGCUACUUUGGAUUUGGGACAAGAUGGAAAAACAGCAAUACAAAUCUGAAGUUCAUAAAGCUUCAUUAAUAAUUGAUUUAUUUGGGAACGAGCAUGAUAAUUUUACAAAAAAUCUCGAAAAUCUCAUGUCUACCACGCAAGAGAGUUACUGUUCCAACUGGCGAUGCCCAACUCGAGUGCAGGAAGAUCAGCAACGCACAAUUAAUAUAAAUCCUCCCCAAGAAAUUCCUCAUGGAAACUUGAUACGACUGGCUGUGGAUGAGUUAUUCUGUUCCAGGAUUGAACUGUGUGAAGAGAGUGGGUGUGGUGGCUUAAGAGAAUUUUCCCAGCGAGUUUUCUGCCAUGGGGCACCCCCUUUUGUUGUCUUAAAUAUGCAGCAUUGGAAAUCUGAAGAUCUGGCAUAUGUACCAUAUUACUUGGAUUUAUCUGAUCACAAGUAUUUGUUGGAAGGUGCCACAUUAUUUAACAAAGAGGAACAUCAUUAUUCUGCAGCCUUCCAAAUUGAUGGACAUUGGAUGCACUACGAUGGCCUCAGAAAUGUGAAUUUAAUUUUGUUAAAUAAACCCCCAGAGUUUCUCCUCUUGUCAUCAUUGGUUUAUAUUCGAGCAACAGAGAAAUAAAUAUAGACUGAUGCUACAUUAAAUUGUUUUCCCUCCUGCCCAUGCUCCCCCAGAUGAAGGGCUUUUAUUUUGUAUAUACUUGGUAUCCAAGGAAAUAGUUGAACUAUACUAGUUUCAGAGGUGUAUUUUCCAGUGUUUAGCCCCAGGUAAAUAUUAUAUAUAGACAAUCUAUGCAAAAAUGUUUAUAUUUCUUUUUUCUAUGUUCUGGGUUAUUUUUAUACAAGCGUACUUUUAUGUUGAAAUAAAAUAUAUCUUGUAGCCUUUGUAUUUUUUAUUUAUAUGUACUCAAAAGAUUUUACAGUUCUGUCUCCUUGAAACCAAGAAAAUACUUCAUCAUUUGAAUUCUCAGUUUUUCUUUUUGGGUAUUCAAAUAAAACCGGGGUACAAGUCAGUAUUUCAGUUUAUAUAAAUUUAACAGUUCAAAAUGUAUCUGACUAUAUUUUUUGCCCUACCUCACUAAAAUCCAAAGUGCACUGUUGGAUCUAGUAUGGAUUUGAAUGUAGAACUUAUAGAUGGCUUAAUCUUUUUUACUUGUUGAUUUGCCUAGUUUCCCUGCAGCAGUUUUUAAAAAUACUUUGGUGAGAAUGUUUUUCUGACCUUGAAUUAUUUCUUUAUAAUGGCAAAUUACUUUAACCACUUGCUCUAAAGUAUUAUAAACCUGCCAGCAGAUUUUAAGUGUUAACUUGCAAGCUUAAUUAAAGUUAUUGUUACAAAUAAAUUAUAUAACUAAUCUAACAUAAUUUAAUGGAAAUUUUCUAAUAAAAAUCUAUUCUGAAGAUAAGACAACUAUAAAUAAAUAUCAGGCAACUGGAUGCUUACUAAUGCUGGAUUAACAAUAGAAAUGUACUUUAAAUAUAUAUUUAAGAGAAAACGGUACCUGGAAUAUUUUUUUCCUCUUAAGUCAUAUUGGCACAGAGAAAAAAGAAGUACCUAAAUUUUUGGAGUAACAAACUGCUGGCUUCCUUGUAAGUAGUAAACUGAUAGCAUGAGGGUUUGAUUUGCAAUAUAAAUCACUAGAAUUUUAUAGUUAUCAGAAAUUGUUUUCAAAACCCUAAGAUUUUCGUUCCUUUUGCAAUUUCAAGGAAAAAAAUUAAGUAAUCUCCUCAAGGGAAAAUACUUUUUGCAAUUUACCAACAUUUACUUUAUUGUUUAAUUUCAGUAAACAGUCCAUCUUAGGUUUUGGGUUGGGACUGCGUGCAGUAUACUUGGAGAUUUCUGUGUGACAACCCAGUUCACUGCCAUAUACCAAAUUGGUAAGAUUUAAUUCAGUAAAUUAAAUCUUACACUGGCUUGGUGCCAUGUUGAAAUAACUUACAAAAGAAUGAAUAAAUGUGAGUAUAACAUAGCUGAGAAUGCCUCACUUUGAGCGAAUACUGUGAAAAUUGCAUCUUGCAUAAGAUAAAAAAUAGUGAUUUAUUUUACAAAAAAAUUACCCCAGAGUUUAUUUAAAUAGUCCCCCACAUGUAUUUACAUAGGAUUGAUUUACAGUGAAUUUUUAUGUGGACAUCUUAUUGCAUGAAUCAAAGUAUACAAAAACACAACUAUUAGCAUAUAUAUAAGUGGUUCGUUAGCAUAAUUAUUCCUAAUGCAGAUUAUUCUUUUAAGAAUUGCACUUUAUUUGGAAUAACACUAGUUUAUCACAAAACAAUGACUUACCUACCUCACAGGGUUGUUGUGAGGAUUAAGAUGUUUGUUAAAAUCUUGACUACCUUGAACAUGCUAAUAAAAAAUAUAUUUUUUUCUACCUCUUUCAUAUAUAGGCAAGUCUCCCAGAUUCUCUGUUACUAAUAAACUUUUUAGAUCUUUUCUUUUAAAUUAUUUAUUUGGGCAGUUGCUCCUAUCAGUAAUGGACUUAACGUAUAAUAGAAUUUAAGUAUGCCUUCUGGACCCCAAGAUGGUUGGAUUUUAAGGAUAAUAGGUAGUUUAUUGUUACAGUAGUGGUUGGUUGGUAGAUAGAAGCAAUUUCCCCUGCUGACCAAAUAGUGGGUAGAAAAGGGGUGAAAAAUAGAUUAUCUGCAG